UAAUGGUUCUUGGAGAACGACUGAUUCCAUUUCCUAGAGGAGAAAAAAAAAAGGAAAAAAAUUCAAAGUGGGUCUAAAUCAUUUUUGUUCCAAGAAUAAAGGAUUUUGAAAAGGCUUAAAAAAGUUCUGGGGUGGUGUUAAAAAAGUCAUAAGUCAACCUUUCCCAAUGGCCAAAUUUGACAGUUUGACCAUCAAAAAAUAAACAAAUUUUAGUUAAUUCAUUUUAGGUGAAGAAUAAUAAAUCAGAUUUAAUUUUUGCUUCAUAAUGUACAUUUUCACUCCCUAAGAGCCUCACAAUACAUAAGGAGAAAAUAAGGACCAUUCUCUAUUAUAGAGCUUGUUUUUAAAAAUUUUACUUUAAUUUUGUAAUAUUUGUUACAUAAAAAAUAAUACAGAUAUUUGUAUAUGUACAUUAUGAAUCAAAAGAUGAAUAAGGCAAAUCCAUCACCAAAAUUAGAGAGAAAAAAAUGGCAAUUUCUUUGAUGGUCUCUCAUGGCAUGCUUUGUUGUAAUGAACAAAAUCAAACCAAAAAUAAUUUGGGGUGUUCUCUCAAUUUUCCUAGGGAACCAGCCAAUAGGACCUGGACCUCCGGUCUUCCAGUGGGAGGGCCUGCAUCUGAUGCAGCUUGCCAGGGUACUAACGAUGAGAGCAGCAAAGCCAAGAUUGGGAAUGACACUAUUGUUUUCACUUUACACAAAAAAGAAGCGGCCAUGUGGGAGACCCUUUCUCUGUCAGGUGUUGACAAAGAGAUGAUGCAAAGAAUAAGGGAGAAAUCUAUCCUACAAGCACAAGAAAGCGCAAAAGAAGCUAUGGAAGCAAAAGCUGGGGCAAGGCGGGAAGAUCAAAAAUAUACACUAAAUGUCAUGAUGAAGAUUGAAGAAGAAGAGAGGAAAAGAAUAGAAGAUAUGAAAGAAAAUGAACGGAUAAAAGCAACUAAAGAAUUGGAAACCUGGAAAGAACAUCAAAGAAAAGCUGAAGAACAUAAAAUAAUUCAGAGAGAAGAAAAAUUAUAUCAACAAGAAAAGCAAAUUGAAGAAGAGAGAAAAAAAUUAAAACAUAAAGGUCUUACUAGGAAUUCAGUAUCUAGAAAUCUUGCCACAAAAGGGAGAAAUUCAGAAAUUAUAUUUUUUGAGAAGUUAAAGGAAGACAGUAUUCCUGCUCCUCGCUCUGUUGGCAAUAUUAAAAUCAACUUUACCCCUCGAGUAUUCCCAACUGCUCUCCGGGAAUCACAGGUAGCAGAAGAAGAGGAGUGGCUACAUAAACAAGCAGAGGCACGAAGAGCAAUGAAUACUGACAUUCCUGAACUUUGUGAUUUAAAAGAAGAGGAAAAGAACCCAGAAUGGUUGAAGGACAAAGGAAACAAAUUGUUUGCAACAGAAAACUAUUUGGCAGCUAUUAAUGCAUACAACUUAGCCAUAAGACUAAAUAAUAAGAUUCCACUACUGUAUUUGAAUCGGGCUGCUUGCCAUCUAAAACUGAAAAAUUUACACAAGGCCAUAGAAGAUUCUUCUAAGGCACUAGAAUUACUGACACCACCUGUUGCAGACAAUGCUAAUGCAAGAAUGAAGGCACAUGUACGACGUGGAACAGCAUUCUGUCAACUAGAAUUAUAUGUAGAAGGCCUACAGGAUUAUGAAGCUGCCCUUAAGAUUGAUCCAUCCAACAAAAUUGUACAAAAUGAUGCUGAGAAGAUUCGGAAUAUAAUUCAAGGAACAGAACUAAAAUCUUAAUGACUACUAGAAGCAACUAGGUAUUGUACUAGGUAUUGUUCUAAGUUUUACAAAAAUAACUGGAGGCAUUAGGAAUCUGUGCAUAUUAUGGCUGAUUAUACAGAAUCACUUUCUCUUUAGUUCUGUACA